UCAAUGCCAAAUCUGUGUGACUGACUGGUGGUGGUGGUGGUGGUGGACAAUGGAAGCUGUUGUUGUAACCGCCACUAACAUUUUGUUUUCUACAUCUUCUCCACUUCAAAACAAUAAGAAAUGUGAAACUAAUUUGAAGUUUUUAUCACCAUCUUCUUCUUGUAAUUGCAAGAAAAUCUCAUUUCAAGUAUCAAAAUCAAAAGGUGCCACUGAAGGGGGAAACACCAUGAGCAGUUCUAGUACCAGUGGUGGUGGUGGUCGUAAAAUGGAUGAGUAUAAUACAGCUAUGAAGAAAAUGAUGAGAAACCCUUAUGAGUAUCACCAUGAUCUUGGGAUGAACUAAAAACUUAUACUUGAUAAUUUGAUUGUGGGAUCUCAACCACAAAAGCCUGAGGACAUAAAUCAUUUAAGAGAGGAGAUGAAUGUUGCUUACAUUUUGAAUUUGCAACAAGACAAAGAUGUUGAGUUUUGGGGAAUUGAUUUGCAAUUGAUUAUUGAUAGAUGUAAAGAUGUUGGUAUUCGGCAUAUGAGAAGACCUGCGAAAGAUUUCGAUCCGGAUUCUUUAAGAAGUGGAUUACCGAAAGCUGUUUCGUCACUAGAAUGGGCUGUUGAAGAAGGUAAAGGAAGAGUCUAUGUGCAUUGCACGGCUGGAUUGGGAAGGGCACCUGCUGUUGCAAUUGCUUAUAUGUUCUGGUUUUGCGAUAUGAAUCUGAAUAGUGCCUAUGAGAAGCUUACUUCAGUGAGGCCUUGUGGACCAAACAAGAAAGCGAUACGUGCAGCUACAUAUGAUCUCGCCAAGAACGAUCCAUGGAAAGAACCAUUUGAAAACCUUCCAGAACAUGCUUUUGAGGAUAUAGCACCUUGGGAGAGGAAGUUAAUUCAAGAUCGAGUCCGUGCACUACGUGGCACCUGAAAAAAGAAGAAGAAAAGAAUAAGCAGGGAAACACAUACUCUGCUGGAUUCAACAAGAGAAAUGAUCUAAAGCAACUACGCCUCCAAGAUGCACGCAACUUCAGUUUCUACUGUGUUUUUUGGGCUCCCUAUGAAUGUAUUACAACUUUUGUGUACCAUACUCUAUACUAGACGAUAUUUUAGAAUGCAGGCUUGCAUAAUAAGGGAGCUAUAGAUGUUUGCAUAGCAUUUUGGGUGAAACAAUUGGCAAAUUUGCUUCAUCUUCUUCAUGUGUUUCUGGGUUUGUUCUUGUCUUCAUAUUCUGGCAUACUUCCGGCGUAUUGAGCCCAAUGGGCUGGUAUGAAAAUAUGAAAACAGCCCAAUCUAUCGUGAUUUUGAAUCAAAUUAGAGUU